AUGGGGGAGCUUAUGUACACCCUUGCCCGAGAGCUUGCCCUCCGCCUGGAGCCCUGCCGUAAUUGCUGGAUUAGAUCAGCCCCGGAUUUCAGCCAGGAGGGCAGGGCCAAAGACACCAGUGUCUUUGGGAUCCUCAGCUUCCUCCUGAAUCAUUCCAGAAGCAUUGCAAAACCCAAAGGGCUCUUAGAUUUCCCAUUGCCCAAUGUCUUGCUGUGGAGAAGAGGAAACAGAAGCCCAGAGAGGGGAGGAUACUCACCCAAAGUCACUCAGCAAAGGCACCAAGAAGCCAGCCGGCCACCCCACCCAGAGCCACAGGAACUGAGUCCCCUUCACAAGGAUGCGGCCACAACUGUCCAGCUGUGUGUGUCGGAGGAAGUCCAACAGCAUGAGGCGGACAUAGCCAGAAUUCUCCAGCAGCAUGAAGAAGAGAAGACGAAAUGGGCUCAACAGGUAGAGAAGGAGAGGGAGCUAGAGCUUCAAAAGAGGCUGGAUGAGCAGCGAAGUGCCAUGGAGGAAAAGCAUGAAGAAGACCUGCAAGUCCUCCGGGCCUCCUAUGAGAAGGAGAAAGAAGCCUUUACCCACUCCUUCCAGGAGGCCAAAGCUGCCCUUCAGGACACCAUAGCCAGACUAACCUCACAGCUGGAGGCCUUUCAGGCCAAGAUGAAGAGGGUAGAGGAGUCCAUUCUAAGCCGGGACUAUAAGAAGUACAUCCAGGAUUAUGGGAGCCCCAGCCCAUUCUGGGAACAAGAGGUGGAGAGCUUGCACUUUGUCAUCGAGAUGAAGAAUGAGCGGAUUCAUGAGCUAGACAAGCGGCUGAUGCUCAUGGAAACAGUGAAAGAAAAAAAUCUGAUGUUAGAAGAAAAAAUCACCACUCUGCAGCAAGAGAAUGAAGAUCUCCACGUCCGAGCUCGGAACCAGGCAAUGGUGUCAAGGCAGCUCUCAGAAGAUCUGCUUCUAGCCCACCAGGCCCUGGAGGAAGAGACACGGAUCAGGCGACAACUAGAACAAGAGAAGGAGGAGCUGGUGUACCGGGUUCUGGGGGCUGAUGCGCCAUCUACCUACCCCCGGGCCUCUGUUACCCCCACAGAAAUCUCCUUCCUCGCCACCUAGCAGGCAGGCCAUGAUACCUGUGGCCAUGCAACUUCCUUCCAAAGAGAAGACAGUGGGGCCUGUCAGCUUUUUUCUCAGGAAGGAGUGGGACAGGGUGUACAGGGGAAUCUGGGAAUAAGCAUACCCAAGGAGCCUUGGGAGCCUGGGGUCACAGGAAACCACCUCUGGGGGGAGCUCAUCCAGUUGUCCCAGGGAACAAGCAAGAAGAGCCUUUUCCUCCCAGCCCCCUCUCGCUGCCCAAAUCAGGUCGUUCUGAAGUCAACCCUGCACCUGACAAAGAGGCGACAACCCCAGCUCCAGCUUGUCAGCUUGGCUGUCUAUGUGCCAGCUUGUCAGUUUCCUCUCAGCCUCAGUUUACCCCUGCUCUAAGAGAGUUGAGGUUGACUGUCCAAUGACUCAAGUCACUCCAGGAUCUUCUGAAGAUCAGCCUGGGAGUGAGAGGGGGGAGUUCCACAUCCUGGGCCUCAGAAUAGAAAGGUGAGUGACAGAGAGGCCGUCCCUUGCAGCCAUUCCAGCCUGGAACCACUCUGGAUGCCAGAUUGGUCAGCUCAGGGGGCAGUAGCCACGCCCCCACUGCCUGCGCCAGGUCUGGAUUGGCCCCCAACCUUCUGACUCCUCCAGUCUUAGUGACAGCUGGACUCAGGGGCCACAUUAGUGGGAUGGAGAACUCUCAACAGGCUGAGCUGAAAUCUCAUCUUUGUGCAGAUAAGGAGAGCAGAGUACAGACUCUACCAAGUCAAGACCAGGGCCUCCUCUGCCCUACUGGUCUUCUCCCUCUGCUUAUUUUCUUCCAGGCCCUGGGAAGGUCAAUCUGACCUAGUCUUUGUCCACCUUACUCCACCUACCAGCCUGCCCUGUAGUCUUUGUCCUACCCUUAUUCAGUGCCUUCUUCUCCUCCAGCCACCUGACCUCAGGGCCCUGGACCCUGGGCUCUCAGCUUCUCUCCAUCAGUGAAUAGGGAUGGUGGCAGUGGCUGACCUCUCAGUCUGUGGAUUUCAGAUCCUUCUCAGGAACUUCAGGUCAGCUGGAGACUGUAAUUACCCUUCCUCCUGCCCAGAGCAUUGUCAUCCAUGGUGGCUCACGCCUGUAAUCCUAGCUACUCAGGAAGCUGAGAUCUGAGGAUCGGGGUUUACAGCCAGC